GCGAGGAUAUUGCAUUUGUCUAUAAAAAAUAAUGGUGCAUUCUCCGUCGCUAUUGGAUAAAAGUACUUCAGAAGACAGUGUUACGUAAUAUUGUGCUUGUGAUAUAAAGGAUAUAGAAUCGAGUGAAUUUCGUGUUGUAGUAGAGGAUUUCACUACUUUGACAUGAACACGUUUAUGACUGGAGUUUAAACAAGACGCCUCUGUGUACGAGUAGUGCAUUCGAAAUUAAAAUAAACAAAGGAUUAUAUAAAAUACAAACGUGCUAAAGGGCGAUUCGCGGAGGACUCGUACGAACAUGACCUAGUGCCCCAUGACCGCGGCACACCCCCCUCCGGUUCGAACUCGCUCGCCGACCUGACACACGCAAAUACACUCGUGAUCCAUAAUGGUUCCGCGUUGGCUGCUGGUUUGCUGCGUAGUGCUCUGUGCACGGCCGGCAUACCCGCAGGGCGCGCAACAAUGUCCAGCACCUAACACCAUGACUCCCUGCAGCUGUACUGUUAAGAAAAAUGGACUCGACAUACUGUGCGAGUUUACUGAGCAACAGCACAUACAAAAGGCCAUGAAUACACUCCGUUCGAAGCCAAUGAUUAUCUUCUAUCUGAAACUGCGGCACAACAACCUGGCCAAGCUGCCUUCUUACAUCUUCCUGGGACUUGAUAUUCGUCAUCUGACCGUACAUAACAGUAGUUUAGCUGUUAUUGAAGAUUCUUCACUUAGUUCUAUAGGCAACAAGUUAACACAAUUGGAUGUGUCUCAAAACAGCUUGGCAACGAUACCUACAUCAUCGUUCACACAUCUCAACCAUCUGCUUAUCCUGAAUAUGAAUCAUAAUAAGGUGACCGCUGUACAUAACAGAGCAUUCGUAGGUCUAGAUACGCUCGAAAUUCUUACGUUGUAUGAAAACAGGAUAUCUGUCGUCGACGGAGAAGCUUUCAAGGGACUAGAAAAGAAAUUGAAACGAUUGAAUCUAGGCGGUAAUGAGUUGACAGCGGUACCACAAAAAGCACUGGCUUUACUCGAAAAUCUAAAAAAACUCGAGAUGCAAGAGAACCGCAUUGCUUCCAUUUCGGAAGGAGACUUUGCAGGACUGCGAAGUCUAGAUUCUCUCGGCUUAGCUCAUAAUCAGUUACGUGAAGUACCAGCACAGGUUUUUUCCCACUUGACCUUUUUAAAUUCGUUGGAAUUGGAAGGGAAUCAAAUUCAAAGAAUUGACGAGAAAGCCUUUGCUGGCCUUGAAGAAAAUCUGCAAUACCUAAGACUAGGUGACAACCGUCUCCAUGAGAUUCCGUCAGAAGCUCUACGCCCUCUCCAUCGCCUGCGUCACUUAGACCUGCGAUCCAACAACAUCACCUACAUCAGUGAGGACGCCUUCACUGGAUAUGGGGACUCCAUCACUUUCCUCAAUCUCCAAAAAAACAUGCUCCAUCAGCUUCCAACGAUGGGUUUCGACAAUCUUAACUCAUUGGAGACGCUGAACUUGCAGAAUAACAAGCUGCAUCAUAUCCCAGAAGAGAUUAUGGAGCCCGUACUCGACACUCUUAGAGUCGUCGACAUUAUGGAUAAUCCUCUAAUCUGCGACUGCGAGUUGGCGUGGUACGAAUCAUGGCUGGCGGGGCUCCGGGACCGCGACGACGAGAUGAUGCAAAAGAAGCGCACCGUCUGCACUAUGGUCAACGAGCAUCGCGAGUAUAGUGUUGCUAAGAUGCCACUCGAGAAAAUGAAUUGCAAAAGGAAACCAGCGUACGAACGCACCAGUGCAUCGCCUGCCUUGAAAUCCGCAAUCACCAACGCUGUUCUCAUCCUUGCAGCCAGGUUCUUUUAAGAUUCUACAACAUUUUUUAAGUAUAUGUUUAUGUUCAACUUUUAUGUUCGGUAUAAGUUCAUCCUCCGUGAAGGAUCGACCUCGAGCUAGCUGUGGCCGGAUAGCUCAAUGCGACCCUUCGCAAAUUUAAUUUACGUUCAGUUAAAAACUGCGUAAAGUGAUGAAUUUGUGCAAUAAAAUACGAUACAUAUCAAUUUGGGCUGAGUAAAAAUUUGUAGUAUUUUGGAGCGGUAGCUUGUGAUAAGUAAAAGGUUUAUAAAGGUGUCGCGUAAGUUACAAUGUAAGUAUUUUUACAAUUAGAAGACCUACGGGAUGAAUGCCUUACCGUAGAGUAAUCAACAGGAAGUAGGGUUGUCAUCAGCUGGUAUCGCUCGAGAUGCGUCUCGUUGUUGUAGCGAUCUUGUGUUCACGUGCGAAGUAAAGCAAUCUUAUUAGGGAGUAAAGUUUACUUUUUCACGAGAAUAUUCGGAGAACUAUCUUGUUUCAACGCAUACGAGCUCCACAAGCUAGUAAAAAACUAUUCGAGAAAUCUUGAGCUAAUAAGUAUGUGAUUUCAAGAGCUACAUAAAAUGGCACAAUUUUUAGCACGAAAUUUUCGUUUUACUUUUGUAAACCUGUACUAUUGAUAAAUAUUUUAUAUAAUUUACCCCCGCGUUUCUCUUGUAAGUACAUGUACUAAUAAGCUUUUGCGCAUUUACGAUGUUGACUAUUACGAUAUUACCUAGAAGAGUUAAAAUACUCUAAACUUGGGCAUAGGAAGUGGGGCUCGAAUUCGUCUACUCUUUAUUAAUUAAAUACAUACUUUGUUACGAAAUCUAUUUAUGCAAUUUAGAAUUAAGAUUAAGUAGUAAAAUUACGAUUAUUCAACAAAGUAAUAAAAAAUAUAUAAUUUCACAUUGCAUUAAUUGAAUAGAGCCCCUAAAUGUUCGAUUUGAUGUAGUUUAGGUGUAGUUAGUUAAGUGUUAGAUCACUUUUAUUAAUAUAAAUUGUUAUUAUGUUGAAACGUUGUAGAUUUCUUAUUUAUGAAUUAUUUACAAUUAUGUGAUUGGGUUCUGUAGCUUUAUUUUUAUUUUGAUAUUUAAUUUCGUAGUACGUGAGUAUAUUCUUUAACAUUCCUUUUAGCUUUAAAUUAGAUCUUUUAAUUUAUCGAAUUUGCUGUUAAAGUUUUAUCGAUAUUUAGAUAGUGGAAUAAUAAAUGUGACUCUAGAGCGUCGGUUGCUAUAAUAAUUAUUAUGCUUAUUUUUUAUGGUAAUGGCUGCAUUCUUUUUGUUGGUUCGAUGUAGUGGCAUUUGAGUUUUUUUUGUAGGCAGUCCUCUUUGUAGGCCAACACAUGCCUUUCAAAAUUAUUAUUAUACAAUUGUUAACACAAACUUUGGAAAUUAGCAUUCAUUGGGUGAUAAUAUUGUAACCAAAAACAUAUCCUUUAGUCUGAAUUAAGUAAAUGUAAGCAAAUCGUAGACAAUUAUAUAAACAAAUAUAUAAAUACAAUGGUUCGAAGCUUGCGAUGUGAUAACAGGUUUGGCUUAGGAAGUAACCUUUGGAUGGGAAGAACAAUUUUAGUGUAUACCUUCAAUUGGGUUCGGCAGUCUAAGUGUGAAUGUAUACAAGUAUAUUGUAGUCUUACAAGUAUAGAGUAUGUCUAUACUCUAUCUAUAUUAUUAUAAAAAUGUGGUAGGUAUGUAAGACGCGAGAUGGAGUACUCGAGGGUAGUCCAUUUACACACCUUAUUACAUUUUGAUCAUUUAGAUGAAUAGUUAAUUAAAGCAUUUAUUGGCCAGUGAUAUUAUUAUGACAUGUUAUUAUACCUUUCGUGGAAGGGCACCUUUACUAGUUAAAUCACUUGCUACUCGUUUACUGUUUUGCACAGUAGUGCACACAUGAAUAUUUAUUUUAAACCGGUACACACGGGAGCGAUGCAAACGCGAUGCAAUAGCUAAUCGUCUACCUUGAGGCUCAAA